AAACCAGUACAUAAUCCAAAGAUUCAAGGUUGUAAUGAUAUAUCUAUGUUGUCUUUUUACAAAAUUAGCAAAUCAGUUAUUAUGGUUCAUCAAAACCACCUGCAUCGUCAAGAAGAUAUAGUUUUCCAUCGAGAAAAAACGUUUUCAUUUUGAUUUUAUCCAAUGUUCUUGUGAUUUGACUCCCUCCUUUUCUGAAUUCUUCAUGUUUUUCUUUCAAUCUUCCACAGAAAAAAUCAUAUUGUGUCCUUGCAUCCCUUCCCUUUAGAAUGAAACUGUUCUGAAUACAAGAACACAAAUCAUCAAAAGCUGGAAGAAGGGAGUGAACGUUGAGCCAAUGAGAAGCAAAUCUUGAUUUGAUUGUGUAAAAAGUUGAUGGGAAACCGCUGUGCAAGAACUCCUUGUUGUAGAAAGUUAUGGUCAUGUAUAUGCUGCAGCAGCAACAAGGACGAGGCUCAAGCCAGAAGCCAACAUGGGCCCAAAGGAAAGGUCCAUCCGGUCACCAAAAUCGAGAAAUGGGAAGAAAAGAUCACAGAAGCUAACAACAAUGGCAUGAUUCUUGUGGUGUACUUCAGCGCACCGUGGUGUGUACCUUGUAAAAAGAUAGAACCAGUAUUCAAAAAACUUGCUUCUAGAUACCCUUCAAUGAUAUUUGUAACCAUUGAUGUCGAAGAACUCGCUGAGUUUAGUGAUGAAUGGAAUGUAGAAGCUACACCAACUAUAGUGUUCCUUAAAGAUGGGAGGCAAAUGGAUAAACUUGUUGGUGCUGAAACCUCAGAGCUUCAGAAGAAAACAGCUGCAGCUGCUGAUCUCUUACUCAAAAAACCAUAAAAUAUUAACCAACAGAAGAGAAACAGAGUUAGGUUUUCUUCCGUUGUCUGUCACAAAUUUGUUCAGAGGAAGUGAUUUGAAGAAGUUACUUGCGGAUGAAGUAA